AUGAGAAACUUGGUAAUUCAGUCUCAUCAUGUAUAUCCUGAAAUUUCAAGCUCUAUUCAGACCAUAGCCUUUGAUACUAUCAAUGAUAGUCUUUAUAUAGCUUGUGGCUUAAAUGAUAACAAUCCCGGAAUUACAUUAUAUAGGAUAUACGAAAACAAUGUUGUGGAAUAUGUUGCUGAACAUGAUGAUCCUUCGUACCUUAAAGAAGAUGGCUCAUGGGAUCAGAUAUGCAAUAUGCAAUUUUUAGGUGACUCCAUGUCGAUAUGUAUAUCGAUGAAAGGUGGAGAUAUCAUAAUGGUUAAAACAGAACCUGCUCCUGGUGAGCCAGUUGUGGAAGUCAUUGGAAAUGUAGAGAAUGGCAUUGUUGCUUCUUGCUGGUCACCAGAUGAACAAGUUCUUAGUCUUUUAACAGGUGGAAAUACAAUUCUUCUUAUGACUAAAAGAUUUGAUGUUAUUGCUGAAACAGAGUUGUCUGAGAAUGAUCUCGUUGAAUUCAACAAGCAUAUCAGCGUCGGAUGGGGUCGAUCAGAAACUCAGUUUCGAGGCAAACGUGUCCGUGCAAAACUUCGUGAUCCUACUUUACCUGAACACAUUGAUGAAGGAAAACUUUCAGAGGUUGACGACGGCAAAGUUAUUAUGUGUUGGCGUGGUGAUGGUGCUUAUGUAGCUAUUAACCGCAUUGAAGCUGGUCCACGUCGAGCUAUUCGUGUUUAUUCUCGUGAGGGUGUCCUUGACAGUAUUAGUGAACCCCAGGACGGACACCAAAGCUUUCUUUCCUGGAAACCUUCCGGCUCUGUUUUGGCAUCCAUCCAGUCUUUUGAAGAUGAAAACAAAAGUAGAGUUAUUUUCUUUGAACGCAAUGGUUUAAGACACGGUGAGUUUUCUUUGGAGUGUGCUAAAAACGAAAAAUUUACUGGGUUAGCUUGGAAUAACGCCUGCUCUAUCCUGGCUAUCUCGACUCCUCAUUCUAUCGCUUUAUGGUCAACUGGUAACUAUCACUGGUAUUUAAAGAAGACGAUUCCCAUCUCAAGCAAUGCUUCAUUCUGUUGGCAUCCUGAAAGAACCCAAUCUCUUUUUGUAAUAAGUAACUCUCAUGUUGAGAGGGUUGAUCUUGAAUUCACCUUCCCAACCUGUAAAAGUGCUGCGCCGAACGAUUAUGGAUUAACUUCAGUUAUUGAUGGCUCAUCUCUUCUCAUAACUCCACUUUAUUUUGCAAAUAUUCCUCCUCCUUUAUCUUUAUGUGCUUUGUCGCUUCCCUUUAAAAUUCAACUUGUAUCAACUGAUCCAUCUUCUACUUUAAUUUACGUGUCUGAUAAUUUAAAGGUACACGUUUACAAGUAUGAACCAAAGCGUAAACCUACUUUGUUAGAUGCAUAUGAUGUAUCCGAAUAUACAAACAAGCUAAACGUUAAGCGACUUCUUGGUUUGGACAAAUCAAAAUUUAUAAUUCUUGCAGACGAUAAGAAAAAUAAUACUAAAGUUUUUUUGUUUCAAUGUCCCGAAACUAAACACGUAUCGAAUGCAGCUACUUUGUUGAAUUUAAUGGACGUCGGAAAGAACUUUGUGAACAUUUCUUAUAUUGAAACUCUUUCGAAGUUAUUUUUACAGUCUGAUAGCGGUGAGAUUUUUUCGUUGAAUACUAAUGAUUAUGAUUUUGAAAAGUUUCAUGUCAGUUUUCCUAAAACCUGUGCCUGGUUUACUACCGUCUUAGUUGAUGACUCGAUUCUACCUAUAGGCCUAACUUCGUCCGGUAGAUUAUAUGCUGAACAAAGAUUAUUAAGUACUGGUGUGCUUUCUUUUUACUGCACUGAUCGCUUCCUCGCCUUUACUACGAAUAAGCAUGUUCUGAAAUUCGUUCAUUUGCAGCCAUUUGUUGAUGAUAUGAAGGUUGUUGAAGACGAAGGCGUUGAAAGACACGAUGAGCGUUGCCGUUCAGUAGAGAGAGGCUCUAAAAUAGUUACCAUGAUGCCCACAAAAAUGGCUGUUGUAUUACAGAUGCCAAGAGGAAAUCUUGAAACAAUUUUCCCGCGUAUCAUGGUUCUGAAUGGCGUGCGGAAACUGAUUGAUAUUUCAGAUUACAGUUCAGCUUUCAAGGUAUGUCGCACGCAUCGGUUGGAUCUCAAUAUGUUAUUUGAUUAUGAUCCAGAAAAGUUUUUCUCUAAUGUAUCAUUGUUUGUCGAUCAAUUGGGCAGAGUUGAUUAUUUGGAUCUCUUUUUUGCUUCUUUAAAACCAGAAGACGUUACUCAAAGCAUGUAUAUGGAUACUUCUAAGUACCAAUUAUCUGAAAAUAUAAUUUCGUAUGAGAAUAAAGUUAACACCAUAUGCAAAUCUGUACGGGACAUUUUAAUCUCGAAGAACGAUGAUAGGUUUUUCCAGUCUAUAAUCACCUCUUAUCUUUGUGAGCUACCGCCUAGUAUUACGGAGGCGUUGAACAUGAUUUCAAGGCUAAUUGAGUCAAAGUCAUCCUCUGUUGAUAGUGCCAUUGAACAUAUGUGCUUUUUGGUGGACGUUAAUAUGUUAUUCGACCACGCAUUAGGAUUAUAUGAUUUAAAGUUAGCUCUCUUAAUUGCUCAACAGUCUCAAAAAGAUCCGCGUGAGUAUGUGCCUUUCUUACAAAACUUCCAAAAGCAAGACGUUCUAAGACGCAAGUUCAAUAUAGACUGUUAUUUGAAAAGGUAUGAACGGGGUUUGUCUCAUUUGAAAGAAAUUGAAGGAGCCUUUGAGGAGCUGAAAGAUUAUGUUAUUAAACAUCAACUGUACCGACGUGCUUUGGAAUUAUACAAGUAUGAUAAGGAAAAACAGAAAUCAAUAUUGAUUAUUUAUGCCCAUUAUCUUCGAGAGAAUGGAAAAGCAAAUGAAGCCGCUAUAGCGUUCGAAUCUGUUAACAUGAUCAAUGAGGCAAUUGAAGCUUACAAGAGUGCUGGUAUGUGGAGAGAAUGUAUGUCUAUUCUGCAAUUCUCAUCUGCUUCCGAUAGCAAGGUUGAAGAGAUUGCGAAUGAUCUUGCUAAUCUUUGCUUGGAGAAAAGAGAUUAUGUUGAUGCCGCAAAUAUUUAUCUUAUAUAUCUUUCUAAUAUGAAAGAGGCCAUUGUUAACAUGUGCAAGGGAACUCAAUAUAGCGAAGCAAUUCGUCUAGCGAGAGCAACGGAAGCUGAAUCAUCCCUCUAUAAGGACGUCUUGCUUCCUGCAAUUGGGGAAUCCUUCGGUGAAGCAAGUGAAAUGGUUGCCGAUUUUACUAGCCAGAUUAAAGCCCAGACUGAACGAAUUAUUGUUUUGCGCGCCAAAAAGAAGGAAGACCCAACAGGUUGGGAGGAAGGGAAUUUAGAAGAUCAAACGCCUGAUGAUUUGUCUUUAGCUUCCACAAGUGUGUCCACAAAUAAAUCCCUUUACACUAGAUAUACUAAAUCCACUGCAUCUACCAAAAUGACAAGGAAUACUGCAAAGAAUAACCGACGUUUAGAAAAGAAGAGGGCUAGAGGCAAAAAGGGAACCGUUUUCGAAGAAGAAUACUUAGUGAACUCACUGAAGCGAUUAAUAAGUCGUGUAGAAUCUAUGCGAGCUGAAACGUAUAGACUAUUAGAAGCUUUAAUGCGUUGUGAUAUGUACACUCAAGCAUCAGAGCUUCAACGCGGUUUUUCGAAUGUGAUUACUACACUCCGUGAAAAGGUUGUACCUAUUCUUUCUGUUCCGGUGAACACAUUUGAAACAGCUGUUGGGGAACAAGCAGUUGCACCAGAAAUUCCGGAAAUAAAGCCAUUUGAAAAACUGGGAAUUUUAAUUUAA